AUGACUUCCGAGACAGUCAAUCCUCCGCCAGCGUCGGCCGCGGUGACGAGGCCGGCCAAGCUGCACGGGCGUGCCUUCUAUGAGAGUAUAGGAAGUCCCAAGUACAUUGUCGCGCCGAUGGUGGACCAGUCCGAGUUUGCCUGGCGAAUGCUCACGCGCUCCUUCAUGUCCGAGUCCGAACGCCCCAGCGUCCUUGCCUAUUCACCUAUGCUCCAUGCCCGCCUCUUUGCCGACAGCCAAAAGUACCGCGAUUCACACUUUCAGCCGACGAGGGCCUCGAUGCUGCCCACCACUCCCGACGACGACACACCCUACCUCGACGGCAACGCCGCCAUCGACAGACCGCUCUUUGUCCAGUUCUGCGCCAACAACCCCCAGGCCCUCCUCGAGGCCGCCAAGCUCGUGGCCCCCUACUGCGACGCCGUAGACCUCAACUUCGGCUGCCCCCAGGGCAUCGCGCGAAAGGGUCACUACGGCGCCUUCCUACAAGAAGACCAGGCCCUGGUCCACAGCCUCGUGCGCACCCUGCACGAGAACCUCCCGAUCCCCGUGACCGCCAAGAUCCGCAUCCUCGACACCAAGGAGGAGACCCUGGCGUACGCGCGCAACGUGCUGGCGGCGGGCGCCAGCAUCCUCACCGUGCACGGGCGGCGGCGCGAGCAAAAGGGCCACCUCACGGGCGUCGCCGACUGGGGGUACAUCCGGUACCUGCGCGACAACCUGCCGCCCGAGACGGUGCUGUUUGCCAACGGGAAUGUGCUGCAGCACGAGGACCUGCAGCGGUGUCUGGAUGCUACGGGCGCCGACGGCGUCAUGUCGGCCGAGGGGAACCUGUCGAACCCGGCGCUGUUUGCGGCGCCGCCGUCCCCUGCGGUUGUUGGGGAGGAGGGAGGAAGAGAGUACUGGCGAGGAAAAGACGGGCGGGGAGGAGGAGGCGGCGGGUGGCGUGUGGAUGCUGUUGUGAGGCGGUAUCUGGACAUCAUGCACCGCUACGUGGUGGGACAGGAACCUCCUGCCAGGAGGGCCCUGUUCGUGCCGGGGGAUGACGCGAGUUGGUUGGAGGAUGGUGGUGGUGGUGGUGGCGGCCGCAACAACGACAACAACACCAACAACAACAACAAGCCCAGUAGAUCCGCCAGGAUGACCUCGGCCACGGCCGGUCCCAACUUCGUCGCCAUGCAGGCCCACCUGUUCCACCUGCUGCGGCACUUGGUCACGAGACACACCGACGUGCGGGACGCGCUGGCCAGGUCCCGGCUGGGCGACAUUGCCGUGUACGAGCGGAUCCUGGACAUGGUGGAGCGCAAGGUCGCAGAGGGCUUGUUGGAGUAUGAGGCCACGGGCGGGAAGAGUGUGGAGGGGGAGGAUGACGGGAGGAACGGCGCGUAUGCGAAGGGGUCGAGGGGAGGCGGUGGUGAGAAGGAGGACGAGGGGGAGGAGGAGAUUGUGGACGAUCCCGACAGCUCGGUGGCGACGGUCAGGAGGUGCAAGAGGCCGUGGUGGGUGGUUCAGCCUAUCGUCCGCCCGCUGCCCAAGGAGGCCAUGGCCAAGGGGGCCAUCUCGCUGAGCAAGAAGGACAAGCAGAAGCUGGCCGAGGAAUCCCUUCUCAAGAAGGACGAGGUGGAAGAGAAGGAGGACAAGGCCACAGUCAGAGGCCCAGAAGAUGCUGCUGCUGCUGCUGCUGCCACGAAUGGGCAGGAAGCCAAUGGCGAUGGGACCAAGACGGGUCACGCUACCGAGAUGCUGGAGAAGACUACUAGAUUUCCAGAUAGCAAUCUGGUCUCAGGCUAA